CCCCAUCUCGCCCUGCCCGCCGAAGAGCGCGCAAGCACCACCGUCCCGGCAGCGCGGAGAUCGGUCCACUCCAUCCACGCGGCGUCAGGCGAGCGGGGCGCACGGACGCUGCGACCGAUGGAUCUCAAGGAUAGCCUCUCCAAAUUUAAGCAACAGCAGGAGAGAUGCCAGUCAUCACUGGCGAGCAUAGCUGCUUCGACCUCAAAGCCAAAGCACAGGGCCCAACCAGCGCAUGCUCCUAACGUCCCAGCAAGACCAUCACAACCUAUUAAGUUUUCAAAUGAUACAGAAAGGCUGCAGCACAUCAAUUCGAUUAGGAAAUCUCCUGUUGGAGCACAGAUCAAGCUUGUCAUUGAACUUCUUUACAAGACAAGACAAGCUUUUACUGCAGAGCAGAUAAAUGAAGCAACUUAUGUUGAUAUUCACGGUAAUAAAGCUGUCUUUGACAGCUUGAGAAACAACCCCAAAGUAAGCUAUGAUGGGAGGCGUUUCUCUUACAAGUCCAAGCAUGACCUGAAGGGAAAAGAUCAACUGCUUGUUUUGAUUAGAAAGUUCCCAGAAGGUCUUGCUGUUGUGGAAGUCAAGGAUGCAUAUUCAAAUGUAUUGGAAGAUUUGCAGGCUCUGAAGGCUGCUGGUGAGGUUUGGCUGUUAUCAAACAUGGACUCCCAGGAGGACAUUGUAUACCCAAAUGAUCCAAAAGCAAAGAUCAAGGUUGAUGAUGACCUGAAGCAACUCUUCCGUGAAAUAGAGCUGCCACGUGACAUGGUCGACAUAGAGAAGGAGCUACAGAAAAACGGUUUCAAGCCCAUGACAAAUACUGCCAAACGACGAGCAGCUGCCCAGAUCAAUGGCGUAAAACCCAAGGCUAAGCCCAAGAAGAAGCAGCGUGAGAUCACAAAACGGACCAAGCUCACGAAUGCCCAUCUGCCUGAGCUGUUCCAGAAUCUUAACACUUAAACGUGCUACAGUAUCUGACGACGGAAGAUGGUUCAUUUUACUCCUAUUUAUUGCUACGUUGUGUGUAUGUGUUAUGCAGCUAUGCUGUAUGGCUUAUGGUUAUGAGCGCCACAAAUUUGUUUGUCAAGAUUCUGGAUGAUAUACUUAUGCAUUCUGACAUAAUAGGAGGCAAAACCUCAAGAUUUUCCUUAUUUUUAUUUUAUCAAUUACAGCAUUUUCUGAGUUUGCGGCAUUAUGUUUGGUUGAUUUUGGGUCAAUUAGGUUGGUGUGAGGACAAGCUGAACAUAUUUUGAUGGAUUGCUUAGCUUGAAAUGAUACCAGAAUUUAAACCUC